UUCGUAAAUAUAUCGAUACACAGGCAAGUCUUGUAUUGGGGUAAACGCUCGUUCAAUUGUGCAACGUGUUUAAACGACAGACAAGGCAAAAUGAAAGUAGAAGCACUGGACCAAUUCUGGACUGACAAAAGCCGAUAUGAUCUGGCUGAGAAGCGCUUCUACGAGGGCACCCUCAAGGUAACUGAUCGAAGCCACUACAGCCCUUUAGUAAGUGAGAUUGCAAAGGCUAGGGAACAUAUUCAAAACUCACUGGAGAAGAUCGGUGGAGUUUCUUUGGACAAUGUCUCCAGCUCGCAGCUCGCCAGCCGAGUGUCUCAAUUGGAAAGCGAUAACAAGGAUCUGAGACAACUCCUGAAUGCCGUCCUGAAGCGCUUGGACACCGUCGAGUCCCAGCUGAAAUUGACCAACGGUGAGGUGAAGAAGCCAGAGGCGCCAAGCAAGAAGGAAGAGAAAGCCGAGGAGGAGGACGAUGAUGAUGUUGACUUGUUCGGUUCGGAUAGUGAAGACGAAGGUGAGGAGGCUGCCCGUGUCAGGGAAGAGCGAUUGGCCGCUUACAACGCCAAGAAGUCUAAGAAGCCCGCCCUCAUUGCCAAGUCAAACAUUAUCCUCGACGUUAAGCCGUGGGACGAUGAGACGGAUCUGAAAGUCAUGGAGGCUGAAAUCCGUAAAAUCACCCUCGAUGGCCUGCUGUGGGGAGCCUCCAAAUUCGUACCAGUUGCUUUUGGUAUCCAAAAGCUGAGCAUCUCCUGCGUUGUUGAAGAUGACAAAGUUUCCAUUGAUUGGUUGACUGAGGAAAUCGAGAAACUGGAAGACUUUGUUCAAAGUGUUGACAUUGCUGCAUUCAACAAAAUCUAAAAAGUAAAUGUAUUUUUUUUAAACCGAUUUGGAUUUACCUCGAUUCGAGUGUUUGGGUGUCAUUUAAAUAAAUAUUUUGAUAAAAA